AUGGCUGAACAAGAGCAUGCUUCUGUAUUUUCCCAGGAAGUACGAAUAGCGGAAAAAGACAUCGAGAACAUCAUGGAUUUACCGGUACGUACCCAUGUGCGCAUUCGAGGGAUUGAAAGAAUUCAUCCGCGCGUCAUUGGUCGUGACGUUGAGGCCAUCAAACGCUCAGAGACAAUCACUGAAAUUACAAAUAACAUGAAUGAAGCGAAAAAUAGGUGGCUGCGUAUGGGGAUUUUUAACGCGGUAAACUUUAAUCUGGAGCCCACAUAUGAUGGAGACCCCAAUGACGUUUGUGUUCACAUAGAUGUUGACGAGGCUAAACCUAAAAAGUCAUUUGGCAUCUUUACCACUGAAACUGUAGUUCCAGAGUUGACACUUUCCUUGGAAAAUAUUUUUGGAGGUAGAUACACAUUAUCUGGGAACUAUAUCCCACCAACUUCGCGUACUCAUGCCGCAUCUUUUUCGAUUAUAUCUAGUGUUCCAUUUCUGGGACAAGUGGGCGAGUAUUACAUUGGGAAACGGACUGAAAACAAAAUGUAUCAUCCCGCUAGUAGCGAACGAAUAGAAGAAAUUCGGGCUACUACAAAAAAUGAAAAACGGGGAUUUGCAUCAGAGUUUUCAAUUGGAUUUCAGCGAAGGAUUUUGGUAUCCAAGGAAAAAGGUCACUUAAAUUCAGAUCUUUUAAAUGACUUUGCUACUACAUUUAAAGGAUAUAUGAGGCAUGAAUUGGCGUUAUCGAAUACAGGUUAUCACGCGGAUCCUUUUUUAGCCAAUAUGUAUCCUUUGCCCAUUCAGGGAAAUCAAAUAAGUGUAAAAAAUGAGCUAGCCGGUGGGCCUUUUGGAGGUCAAUUUACCUUUUUAAAAUCUGAAAUACAAGGGGCAAAAUAUUGGCCACUUGGACCCUUUUGUAGUCUGCAAUGGAAUACUAAAUUGGCGGGUAUAUGGUCUUAUCGGCAGGCCAGAAUACCGUUAAAUGACAGACUUUUUCUUUCAAACUGUCAUGUUCGCGGGUUUAAAAGUGUGGGGCCUUCUACUCUUGAUAAUAAUCAAACCGAGGGUGGUCGGUUUGCUGCAACAGGCGGUAAUGCACUUUGGGCGACAGCAAUUAGCGUAAACUUCCCAUUUCUUUUCUUCCCUCAGAAUGGAUUGGCUUGCAUGCAUCUCUUUGCGAACGUGGGUAAUUUACGAAUGAUACAGUGUCAAUCAGAAUUUACAGAUAUUGGCCGGUGGUUUCGGUCCUGUGCUGCUUCAGUUGGGUUUGGUGUAGUGGUAACACGAAUUCCAUUGUUUGGUGUUGCGCCUAGCGGACGUUUUGAAUUGAAUUUCUCACUUCCCAUAGGCAUUGAUAGAAAUGGGAAUAUUGCCUGGAGGAAUGGCAAUAAAAACCUGUUUGAUCACGUCAAGUUUGGACUAACGUGGUCCUCAGCCUUUUCAUUGUAA